CUCACUUCCGUUAGGAGUAGCGCGCGCUGGGGAAUGGAACGUUGUGCUGGUCGCGCUCAGUUUGGUGGUGCUGCUGCUGCGCAGAGAGGAGGCGCGGGAAGGGCCGGUCGCUCCUGCUGCUGGUUAGUGCGGGGACCCAGGCUCCCAGCUUCUAAUGCUUCUGCGCCAGGCCACCAUGCACAGGAGACAUCUCCAGGAAAUCCCAGCUUCAGACAGCAAUGUUUCCACAAGCUUCACAUGGUCAUGGGACCCCACCAAGACAUCAGAGCUACUCUCGGGCAUGGGAGUGUCUGUCCUUAAGAAAGAGAAGCUGGGCAGUGAGAACACCCCUCAGGAGCUGCUAGUGUCUCUUUAUCCUCCUCAGAAACGACAGAAAGUGAAAGAGAAGGACAAGGACUUUGUGAUUGCACGCAGGCCUAGGCUGCUCCGAGAGACAGAGUCAGGUAUUUCUUGGGAUGCACUACCAGAUGAAUUACUUUUAGGGAUCUUGGCGUACUUACCCCUAAUUGACCUGCUAAAAGUUUCCCAGAUUUGCAAGAGAUGGCAACGCCUAGCGUUUGAUGAAUCGCUCUGGCAGACUCUUGAUCUGACUGGUAAAAAUCUGCUGCCAGGAGUGAUUGGGCAGUUGCUCCCUGUGGGUGUAACUGUAUUCCGUUGUCCAAGAUCCUGUAUUGGGAAACCAUUGUUUAAAAACAACCGACCUCUUAGAGUGAAACAUAUGGACAUAUCCAACUGCACAAUAAAUGUUGCAGAUCUCCAUACUAUUCUUUGUCGUUGUGAUAGACUACAGAACCUCAGCUUAGAAGGACUGGUGCUUUCUGAUGAUAUAAUUAGAAGCAUCGCUCAGAAUUCCAGUUUGGUGCGAUUAAAUCUCUCUGGAUGUUCUGAAUUUUCUGCAGAAGCAUUGAUGAUGAUGUUGAUCAACUGUUCUGGAUUGGAAGAGUUGAACUUGUCCUGGUGUGACUUCACAGCUGAUCACAUUAAAGCAGCAGUCAACCACAUUUCUACAAAUGUAACUCAACUAAAUUUUAGCGGAUACAGACAAAAUCUACAGAUACCAGAUAUUAAGACAUUGGUGACAAGAUGCCCUUAUCUCAUCCAGUUAGAUUUAAGUGACAGUGCAAUGUUGAAGCCUGAAUGUUUUCAAUAUUUUCAUCAGCUCAUCUACCUACAGCAUUUGUCUCUUAGUAGAUGUUAUCAGAUAUCUCCUGCUGACUUACUUGAGCUUGGUGAACUUCCCACACUAAAGACUCUUCAAGCUUUUGGAAUAGUGACUGACAAUUCCCUACAGCUCCUAAAAGAAACACUUCCCCACAUAAAGAUCAAUUGUUCACAUUUUACAACCAUUGCACGGCCAACUGUUGGCAGCAAAAAGAACCAGGAGAUCUGGGGCAUCAAAUGCAGACUGACACUGAGAAAUCCUAGUGGUUUGUGAUGCAGAGUUUGCUGGAUGUUUUCUUUUGUUGGCACCAAGCGUGGUAUGCUUCAUCAAGAAACCCAAACACUGGAGCAUCACUCUAGUUCUUCUUGUAAAAAGUGUUUCAACGUGGUCUUAUGCUAUAAUUUACUUUCAUAAGUAUAUUUUUAUAUUGUCCUUCUCUUACUGCCUUCAGAAAUGUGUCCCGAAAUCUAAUCAGGUAUGAGUAAUUGUAGGCAUUUUAAGUCAAUCUUGCUUUUAGAAAGAUGUUUGCAAAAGCCAAGUGACUAUUGCAACUGUGCUAAACAUGAUUAAGUUAGAAAGUUUGGUAAAUAUUGCAGCUGUUCUAGUUAUUUGGCAAUGUGCUUAAUUCUGCAGUCUGUGAUGUUGCUUUAUUUGAACUGUGAGAGUCCAAAGGUGCUUCUGUAAUAUUUUUCUAAAUACACAGCUUUGAGUAAAGCCCUUGCAAAAUAGAGUGAUGCUCAGUCAUUAAGGAACUGUUUUAUUUCAUUACAACUCAGUACGAUCCUGACUGUUUCAGAGUUUAGAGCUCAGAAUGAGUAAGGGCAUUAAGUCUAUUUAGACUCUUAACUGAACAGGAUGGAAUAUUUGGUGCUAUCUACUUUUUGGAGGGACCGGGAAGGAACCAUGGCUUUGGACACUAAAUUCACUGAAAUUUAAUGCAAUAGGAGCCGUGGGAGGGGAGAUCCACACAAAAGGAGCUAUGAGGAAGCUGAAUCGGACACUAGUUAUAAGGCAGCAGAACAGAGCUACAGUGCAUUUCUUCAUAUCAAUUACAGAAGUGACCCUCACUGGCUCAAAAUGACUGUGCUGAGUAGUUUAAAACUUGAAACCCCUUUGCAAGUUUUUGAAACCAAGAUCUCACCUGUCAGGGUGAAGUUUUCAUUGGGUAUUGUCUGACUUACAUUCCAGUUCUGUGCUACUUAAUCAGUAUUUAACUUUUUGUGAUUUCCACAGUUUCUAAAGAUGCAUUAUUAAUGCAAGAAUCUCUUCAUAGGUAAGCUUAGUAUGAUGUUUCUUUUUAUAUAGCCCUGUAUUCACAUCCCUUCAUUGAGACACUGGAGGGCUAAGGAGCAAUAAAGGGGAAAUACACAGAGCUCUUCAGGGCAAGGAGAGGAAGGGAUUGCUGGGAUCUAAUGGGUGUCAAGCACUCCACAGUACAGAAGCAGCAGUCUUGCAGAUAUGUUUGCUAUAGCAAAGGGAGAUAUAGGUCCCCACAUACUCCCUUAAGUUCUACAAUGCAGAAAAUGAGGCAAACCUUAAGGUUCUAGGCUCUGUUGUCCCAGUUCCUGUAUUUUAAAGAAACCCACCAAAAACUUAGCAACUUUGAUCGUAGUUCAGCAAAGAAAAAUAUGAAAGUAUAGAAAUGAACAACUAGAUAACUAUUCAAGCCCAUGAGAAGGGAAAGGAUAGAUAUGGGCCUAAGGCACAGGUGUAAGUCUUAGAUCUGCUUCUUUGGGCCACCGUUCACCAUCUGUAAAAUGGAUGUAGUACAUCCCUAUGUUUGAGAUGCUGAGAAUAAGUUUAUUCAUGACUGAGGUGGCUAGACAGAAAGGUGCCCAGGCCAUAAGAUUACCUUCAGAAAAAAUGUAUGUACAGUAGAAGCUCAGUUACAAACUGACUGGUCAACUACACACCUCAUUUGGAACCGCAAGUACACAAUCAGGCAGCAGCAGAGAUGGAAAGAAGAAAAAAAGUACAGUAGUGUGUUAAACAACAAACUGCUAAAAUAAAGAGGGAAAGUUUUUAAAAAAGAUUUGAGGUAAGGAAACUUGUGCUUCUAAUUUAAAUUAAAAUGGUUAAAAGCAUUUUUUUUCUUCUGAAUAAUGAAGUUUCAAACCUGUAUUAAGUCAAUGUUCAGUUGUAAACUUUUGAAAGAACCACCAUAAUGUUUUGUUUAAAGUUAUGAACAUUUCAGAGUUACGAACAACCUCUAUUCCCAAGAUGUUCGUAACUGAGAUUCUACUGUACAACCAUAAAGUAAAAAGAAAAGGAGUACUUGUGGCACCUUAGACUAAAACUUAUUUGAGCAUAAGCUUUCGUGAGCUACAGCUCACUUCAUUGGAUGCAUCCGAUGAAGUGAGCUGUAGCUCACGAAAGCUUAUGCUCAAAUAAAUGUGUUAGUCUCUAAGGUGCCACAAGUACUCCUUUUCUUUUUGCGGAUACAGACGAAGACGACUGCUACUCUGAAACCAUAAAGUAGUUUCAGUAAUCGAAUGUGUGGUGUUAACAGAGAAAGAGGAGAACCUGGGUUUUAACUUUUCCCCACCCUUAUUCCCUUGGAGGUGGAGGGGGUGACAAAUUUGCAGCAGGCUUAAACAUUUAUGUACCAAUUCACAUAUCCUAGGUAUCCUUAACUGAGCUUUCACUUUAAGCAGCUAACAGAAGUUGAGACCAAUUUAAGUCUUCCUGGAUACUCCCAUUUCUAUAUCCCACCAAUCUGGUCACAGAUUCUCCAUAGUUGGUCAGUCUUUUGCUGUAACACUUCAUUAAGUCUCACUUCUGAAUUUAUACUUGGAACCAGUGUGACAAGAUAUGGCACUCAAGCACUAACCCCCCCAUUCUAUGUCUGUCCCCAGUAGGGAGUUUAAAAAGAACCCCCUCUCCUCCAACUAGCAACAGGACCAUCCAGUCUACUAGAGAUGGCUACUGCUAAUCAGUUUUACAUGGAAGGUGAUCAAGUGCUAUAGUGAGGAGCAGCAGUAUAAAACAUUACGGGUACAUCUACACUUACUACUACAGCUGCACUGCUGUAACACUUAUGUUGAUAGGAGGGAUUCUGUUGGCAUAGAUAAUCCACCUCCCCAAGAGGUCAUAGCUGGGUCAAUGGAAGAAUUCUUUUGUCAACCUAGUGCUACACAGGGACUUUGGUCAGCUUAACUACACCACUCAGGGGCUUGAAUUGUUCACACCUCUGAGUGAUAUAGUUAUGCCAAUCUAAUUUUCUAGUGUAGACCAGGCCUAAGAUAGAUACGCUUUCUUUCAUCUGAUGACUCUUAACCCAUUCAAAAGUCCUUAAACAUCUCCAGCUGGAGGUGAAUCACUUAUUAAGGUAUGGAAUUAGACCCUUUACUAUCACAUAUAACAGUGUGGGGUUGUGUUGGCACUAUUACUUCCAGUCAAACUAUUUCUCCCACUUGACAUCUUGCUUUGAGUUUACUGAGGACAGCCAAGUUUCAUAUCUAAGCAGCCCGACAUUUUUGAAAUACCUGCCUGAGUAAGGUCUUCAUAGCAUGGGAUCCUAAAGACUUAAUUUAGAAUUAUAAAGACAAAGGCAUUAAGGGUUGAAGUGUUCUCUGCAUAACUUCAUACAUUUAAAAAAAAACUCUUAGGUUUAACACAGUUGCAUGUGUUUCAUAGUUUAGGAAACUACAACAAAACUAAAGUUGAUAAGUAAUAAAUCUAGAUCAAGUAAAAGUCUUUAAGCUUGGAAUACAGAAGAGUAUUAUAACUUGUAUUUCUCUCCAUAAAUAUUGUACUAGCAAAAGCUACAGCAUUUCACUGUUGUACUCCAAUAAACUAAUUUUUAAAAAAUCAA